CCCAGACCGCACGGCCAAUAGGAUUAGUCGGAAUCGGACAGCCAAUAGGAUUAGUCGGAAGGCGGUGUGUCAAGGUUUAUGGUGGCGCUGUCCCCACGGCCUCUCCUCAUUGUCCGUAUCAGCACCGGCAGCUGACACAGAUUUCCCUAUCUUAUCUCCAGCAUGGCGUACAGUACCGAGCACAAGGCCCAGGCCAACACCUUGGAGUACAGGAUCUUCUUCAGUAAGUUUCUGGGAUAAGCUGUGACUACACCAUGUGUAGAGGUCAUCUGUGAUACACUUUGUCAUGCUGGGAGAUCUGGAGAGGCCCAUGGGUGUAUGGUAGAAACACAGAAGGUUUGAGAUACAAUGUUUAUACUGUGUAGAACAAGGUUUUCCAAACUAUGGCCCUCAAGAUGUUGCUGAGCUACAACUCUCAUGAUUCUUUGAAUGGAAUGGAUAUCCAGAGAAUCAUGGUAGUUGUAGUUCAGCAACAUCUGGAGGGCCAAAGUUGGGAGAACCCUGCUCUAGAGAUCUAGUUAUAUGAAGUAAUUUAUUUUCUCCAUGUUUUUGAUGCCCAAGCUUAUGUUUUGAGUAUAUUUACUCAUUUUCAUGUAAUGAUUGGUUGAAAGUUGGGAAUCAAGGGAUAUGUAUUAAAUCAAAACGAUGUUUGGUAAGAUCUUGAUGCUAAGGUAAGUAUUAAGUCCAUGAGGAAUAAUGUCUCCCCAUGUAGAAAUGUAUCACAUAUUUUGGGGGACUUGAAUGUUAGCCAUCUGUGUGUUAAGCUAUGGGAUAGGUUUAAACCCUUGAUUAGGAACUGUCACACCGCCAGGAGAUUAAAUGAGGAGAACGUAAACAUUGAUUUGGUUUCUCCUCUUCCGAUAUGUUCAAUACCUGAAAACCGUAAUAUUUAUAACAAGAUGAAGGUGCCCAGCUGAAAGAUAGAAGUGUGAAUGUCUACGUUUAGUUUUAUUUUUCUCACCUAACAAAAAUUUUUAUUUUCUCAAUGUUUACGCUACGUGAAGAGGAAAAAAUAAAAAUCGUGAGAAAUGAUUAAAAAAACUCAUUUAAAUACAAAUCAGUACUACCAUAAAUCUAUCACUUUAAAGAUCAGAUUCCACAUUUGAAUAACCCACAUACAACAGCAAAAUGUAUGUGUCUGAAAGAAAAUUACUGAUCAAGCUUUGUAGAAGAGUAAUUGCGAUAGAAUUACAAGCAAAGAAAGAUACAGAGCCCUCGACAUGUUAUCUGUUUGGGGUACCCUCUUUAGUCUUCACAUAUGGAUGGUGUAUGGGGUCAGGCAAAUUCAAAGUUCCAGGCCCCUGUCUAAUCUCUAGACCCUAGGCAGCUCCCUAGGGCCAUUUUAUGGUUACACUUGCUCUGAAGAUAAGGUAAAUUUUGUAAGGAUGUCUACCGGUUAUUUAGGAUCAGAGUUGGAUAAUUGUAUGAAGACUUGAAAAUGAUUUGGAAUAAUAGUAUAAACUUGCCCAGGAAAAUUAUAAAUGCAAAGGUACACUAAAUUAUUAUAUUGAAUAGUAUGAAAAUCUAUGUAUGGAUUAAUAGGUUAGUACUUUGUCUAGUCUUGAGCACAGACAAAGUUCUUCCUAAGUUAACAACCUGUUUAAAUAGGAUAUUGGUAAAAAUUCAAUAUGCAAAGUAGGAGUUUGUUUCCUUGUAGUCUUCUUAUGAAUAUUCAUUGUUUGGGUAAAUCUAUUUUUGUCAGGUGAUAAAAAGAAUGUGAGGUUGAUAGCAAUACCUGGUGGUAAUAAGAUGCUUUAACAAAGAUGCACAUAUCUCAGUCAGACUGCCUCACAACCAUGUGAGUUUAACCAUUACUACUGCACAUAGGGGUCUAAUUCUUAAAUGAUCUGUACAACAGAGAUCCUUUUCUUCUUUUAGGACACCCAUGUUUUAUUGUACAUACACACCAUUAGAUGUGCUCCACUCUACAGAUUGGCGGCAGUUCAUCCCUCCAAUAAUCUUGUUGUUUUUGUAUGCUUGUAUAUAUGUGGGAAAGAGAGAGAUAUCCACUAGAGUGUAGAAGAACUGCAAGAAAUUCUUAUUAUAAGCGCCUUUCCUUUACACAGAGCGCAUUUUUUCCAUUGCUUAGUGUUGGUGUGUGGAUAUUCCAGGGGUUUUAUGGUUAGUUUAGAAGACAAAGUUUACAAACAUAAGUUUGUGUUUGGAAAUGAAAUAUCUAUCUGUAAUGUAGCUUAUCUUUAACUCUGUACAAUUUCUUUUCCACCUGAUAAUGUAUUAAAUGGCAUAGGAUAAUAUGUCAAUUUUGAACGUUACAUACAAUUAUUUGUGAAGUAAAAACUAUUUUAAAUAAAACAAUCCCAUAUGUUUCCUGGAAAUCUAAAUCUUUUGUAAAAAGUAUAUGCAGCUAAAUUUUAAAGUUUAAUCCAAUUAUAUCCACUACCGCUCACUGUAGUGGUUAUGAUGCCAGGAGAACCCUGGCCCAAUCCUCCGUAAUAGGACAAAUUAUUUUGCAAUGGUUUGUCCCCUUACCUGUAUCCCC